UAUCCUAGCCUCCAGGAUCAGCUCUAUUCCCGUGUGUCGUCCUCUAUUCGAAGCCUUUCUUUAGACGGCUUCACUCCCUAUCUCAGUGAUCUAUGGCCCCAACGUUAUGACCAAAGAUACUUGCCUCCGUCGCGGCGUACUCCAGUUUUGCCCGCGUCCGAAAUGUUGGCAGUCCUAGGUCGCUGCAGGUCCGCCCACCUUCACACUCUCAAGAUCGAAUAUUACGUGGACUUCGCGGAGGACGAGCUAAUAUCGACCAUCGCCACAAUGUUCCCGGAUCUCGAGUUCUUGCGCCUUUGCCGGUACAGAGCUCACGUCCGCGACCAGCCGGGGGAGCCAGAGGCUGAAUGUGCAGACAGAGUCGCAGGAGCCUUAAAGCGGCUUACCAGACUGCGGACAUUGCAGGUCCAUUUGGAUGCUGUACACGCUCCGGACCCUAUCAUAGGCCGACGAGGUCUGCAACAUUUCGAGGACGAGCAUGUAUAUCACUACAAGGGAAGACUUCGGGCUUUAGCGGCGCGGAUGGCGGAGACCCUGGCGCCCGCUGUGCAAACGAUCGCAAUGCUCGUACCGUCUGCGUAUUCGCCGUCACAGCCGAGGUGGACCACCUUUCGCAUUCUCCGACACGAGGUCAAGAACACGGAAGACGGGGAUACGGGUGGCUCGGAUAUACCCAAAUUAUCACUUGUCAGUGACGCGAGCGAGCGUUAUUACUCGUGGCCUGAAGAGUAAUGGUAUUGAGAUGGAAAGUAGUCGUAAGUGUCCCAACAAGCAUUAGCGAACACCGAUGGGGAGCAGGAUAAUGUGCUUUGAUGGGAGGUUGGGUGACCACGGCAACUUGGUGGAUUCGCACGCGCGCGGACAGAGAAAGACC